CCAUAAUCCAGAUGUGGAAAGAACAUCAUUUCACCAUAAACUGGCCACAACCAGGUGCUCCUUGCAAGAUUUCUGACAAAGGAGUGAAAAUAAUUAUCAGAAGAGUUGUCCAAGAGCCAAGGACCACUUGUGGAGAGUUUCAGAAAGACCUGGAAUUAGCAGAGUACAGCUGCACUGACGCUGGGUAUUUGAAACCCUCUAAAAGGGAGCAGAGACGGAAAUACAGUGCUCCAUCUAACAUCACAUCUUCACACAGGUCAAUCCACAAUACAUUAACCUGCUCAGCACCAAACAGCAGACAGACACAGAGCUCGUGAACAGCUCUGCAGCAGCAGCGUCUCCCUCCAUAAUGACCAACAUUGCACCACUGCACGCCAUGUUUAUCUCCAUCCCCUCCAUCCUGCUCGGUCUGGGAGGAAAAUGUCUGCUCAACUGGGCCCUGGUGUUCCUCCAGAGGAACCACAUCUGCAAAAGCUUCCUGGGAGUGUUCUGCGUUUCCCUCGCUGUCGUCGACACAAUCCUGACCCUCUCCGUCGCCACCCUUCACAUCAACGCCGGUGGAUACGUCAUCCUCCUGGACUUGAAGCUGACCACGUACCACGUAUGUUUGCUGGUUCAAAUCCUCGGACAAGUCUACAGUGCUCUGCAGUGGCCUGUUGCAGUCGUGGCCGGUUUGGACCAUUUCUUCACUGUCACUCGGAGGUUGCAACCCACCGCCGCCAGGGCCAGAUGGAUCGUCUGCGUAUUUGUGACGGGCCUCCUGUGGUACCUCACUGCUCUCUACGUCUUCCUGCUGUCUGACUUCAUUCCUGUCAUGGAGGAUGUGCCUCACAACCAGAUACUAAAGUGCUGGGUCUUCCACUCCUGUCAGAUCAUGCAGGUUGCCAUGUUCCUCCUCCUGACUCUGGGCUGUGCAGCGUUGCAUGCUUGGUGCAGCACACGAUUAUUACCAAUUCCUCCUCUGAGAGGCCAAAUUACAGACCGCAGUAGAGCUCACUCCAGAAGAAGUGUUGCUCACCAAGCCCUGCAUAUAUUUCUGAACACAUGGGCCCUAUUCCUGGUUCUCCUGGCCGUGCUCCUCGUACUACCUGUGGGAAUACCUGCAUACCUGGGUCUGAACGUUGCCUGGCUCUGUUUCCUCAACAGCCUUCUGAUAGCAGUCGUUUUAUGUGCAGUCUGUCCAGCCUCGCAGCCAGCGCAGGGCCUGGCAGCACUUCCUGACAGCUUCUGUGAGUGGAGAUUUAAAUUUAGCCCAGAGGGCAGAACAUGACCGCACGAAGCAAAUACGAACAGGACUCGUGUUAGAAGAAUUAGCUGCUCAGACCUCAAUGUCUUAUAGGAAGAAAACAAUUUGUAUUUUUAAAGAAAAGUAAGGUAGCCAAGGUAGUGGCACGGCUUUACUAAUGGCAAUGUGGAUCUGUCGGUCGGCACAGAAAGAAAUAUCUCAACAACUAUUGGAUUGGAACUAUUAAAGUGGCACUAGGCAGUACAUUUUUGGCAUCAUUGGGCAAAAAUUCCAUAAUAACCUUUCAGGAUAUUGUAAUUCAAGUGUUCUGAGAGAAAACUAGACUUCUGCUCCUCCUCAUGGCUCUGUUUUCAGGCUUUAGAAA